AUGGGCAGACACAGCCCUCGGCGACCUUCAUUAUCAAACGAUUCAUUAUUGCCAGUUUCUAAGAAAAAGACAACUACGACCUCCUCACCUGCCAAAAGUAACUCAACCUCACGCGAUCGUCCUAGCUCGAGGCAACAGGCUACACCUUUUCAGAAUCGAAAGGAUCCCACACAAUCUCACGGUAUCUCACUACGAGGCCUUAGAACGCUCAGCCGGCCACAGAUCAGGAAAGCCAUCUCACCAGCGGAUGCUCCCGAUGGACAUUCUCUCAAGCCACCCUCAUCGUAUACCUUACAUGACGAGGAAGUGAUCAAGCCAAGUGCCUCCAACAUGUCUACUACCAAACGACGCUUGCCGGCAAUAAAAUCUCUAACCCCGCAACAAUCUAGCGAAAAAUCAGCUGUUCCUCAAUCUACAAACCGGACCGGUCCUCUAAGGCCUCCCGGCCAAUUGAAUUCAAACCUCCGGCAUCCAUCCGCCCCUCUAUCAAUUUCCAAACAAAGGAACACGGAACCUCCUCCUAAAUCUUUUCCAUCUCAAACACCAAUUCGUAGAGUCAGCGGGAGAAAAGUCAUACCUGGAACGACUUCACAAGAUUCGGGUCUAGCAAAACAUCGACAUGUUUCGCCUACCGCUGUCACCCAAAAGAGUACUCAUAAAAGUCGCCUGCCUAUCGCUACUCCCACAACCACAGUCAAGACAAAUGCGACUAGUUCUGCUCGAGUUCGCACCUCUAUCUCAGCUGUCGAUCUGUCUUCUCAUCAGCCACAUGGCCUUCAAAAAGAGUUGACUACUAGCAGCGAGAGCCACUCAGACUCUUCUAAAAGCACUACAAGUUCAAGUAAUAUUCCUAGGAGGUCUUCCGUCAACGGCGCGUUGAAUGGAAAUCCGGAAGACUUACCACGAUCCUCCUCGUCGAGCUCUCUUGUUCGAACCACACGAAGGAAAAAGCCGCAUAGCCCAACUGAUAGUGAAUCUUCAAUGAGUGAAUCUACGAAAAUCAAUAAUUCUCUAGCUUUUGAUGAGGAAGCAAAUGAGAUUGCAGAGUCAAAGAAAGCCACUCAAUCUAUAGGGAUCAUUCUAUCUCCUGUUGCUGAAGAAUUACCUCGCCGUCCGAUGACUAGAGCAAGAUCCAAACAUCUUCUUGGAUACGAUAACCGACCGCCGUUAGAGGCCUCCAAAGAUGUCCCUAGUGUACGAAGGCGUCCUUCUCGUGUGAUGGAAUUAGCUCAGUCUUUCGAAGAUCCGACGGUAAAUUCAGGCACAUCCAGAACUCCUUCAAUCACCAAUGUUUUAUCAUCAUCCAAUAUGGGGUAUACUCCCAAUCGCAAGAGCAGCGGCGCAUUUAGCUCUGCUUCUACAGCCUCACCUCACUCUCCUAAUAUAAUGGCUCUGGCUGCUACGCUCAGUAAACAACACGUUCAACGUGAUCGCCAAAGUCGUGUUCGAUCGUCUAUCUCGGAUAUGUUACGCUACUCAACUAUGUCAACCCUUGGUACCUUGAGAUGGGAGGAUGGCGCUGGUGAUGGAUUGUUGACAGACGAUAACGAAACUGAAGCUAUGGUAGCAGAUAUCUCACUGGUAGAAUCUACACCUGUUCGACCUGAAACUGAGAAAGCUGCCUUAGCUCUUGCUACAGCUCGAUCCAAUUUCCUUAUAGUAGCCAAGGAGGAUGAGAGUUUGAAGAUGUCAGGAUAUGAUCACAAUGCGAUGAGCUCUCCAUCAAUCAGUUUGAAUCAUCGUGGAAGGUUAUCGGCCAAUUAUUCCCCUUCUCCUCUUGCAAAUGCUACUCAAGCUAGUCAUGACCCUUUUAAUCAAAAUGUCAAGCCUUCUUCGCUCUCUAAAUUCAACGGACUUGUGGCUCAGGAAGCCCAACUCGCCUUCCUAUCUGCUGAACUUGAAGCAUAUCAAACUCGGGAAGCUGAAUUACAAAGACAACUACAACAAGCUCAAACUUUGAACCAAGCCCAUUCAGCUGAAGAAAAAGAUCCAGAAAGAGAAAUACUUUUGGUAGAAGAGAUGACUCGAUUAGAAGAUGAAAUUCAUAAUAUGACAGAAGUUAAUAUCGAUUUAGAAAACCAUGUGGAUAGAGUAAAUUUUGAAAAUGAAGAAUUAAAAUCAAAAGAAGAAUUGAUGAGAAAGGAGAUUGACGGAUUGAAAGAAAAUUUGAAAGAAUUAAAGAAAGUUGAAACCAUUCAAGAAAGAAGAACAAGGAAGACUGAAGAGGUUCCUCAACUUCCAAUACCUCUGAUCUCCUUACAAAUCCAAAAGGCUCAAGAGAGUGAAAGGGUCUACUUGAAUGAAACCCAAAGUGAGAUUGAGAUUAUCAAGUCUCAAUUAAUGACACUUAACCUUAUCAAACUAUCACUGUCAUUACAAGAUUCAAUUGCAGAAGAAUUAGAUAACGCAGUAUGA